GUUUGCUUGAUCCCGCAGGGGCGUGUGAGUAGCUACGUGGAGGUCUCCCGGGUUUUGGGCCAGGGAUGGAGCCCGCGCUCGGUCGGCCAGGCACUUAAACGGAAUCCGCACGCCCCAGUGGUGCCAUGCCACCGAAUUGUCAGAGCUGACCGAUCUCUUGGCGGCUACUUUGGCGCGACCUGUCUGGAAGAUGGGCAAAUGCAAGCAAAGGUGCGUCUGCUGGAAGAGGAGGGCGUUGUCAUGGAGCGGAAGCAGGAUUCUUUGUUCGUUAAGCCAGAGUGCUUCUGGCACUUUCCGCAGACCAUUGAGCUGGAGGCAGUGAUCCUUCCGCCGGUC